AUGGACGCCAGUUUAAAGAAACCCCCGUCAGGGGAGAAUAAAGCAAAAAAAGAACAACAAAAAAAGGAACAAGCGGAAAGGGUGGACAUUCUGAAGCACUGCUACAACGAGUUCAAAAUGGACAUUUCUUUUUUCACAAAAUUGUAUGAACAGAAAAUGGAAAUUUACAAGCAUCGAUGUGAAUACAUCAAUCUGCUUUCAACUAGCAACGUGCAUAGAAUGAAGGUGACAAUGAAUCACCCCGUCCCGCCAUAUUCUUCAGAGCCGGUGGUGUUUGAGCAUCCCUAUGUGAAUUGCAGCGUGGUGGAAAUUUGUAAGAAUUCUUUUCCGCAUAUCGAGGGGCAAAUCGGGCAAACUGCAACAGAGAAUAUGACCCAUAAAAAAAUGGCAGAAAAGGGAAACGUUAUUCCAAGGAACACUCUUCCGCAUGGUGUAAGUGAUGAAGAAGAGGAGUUUUUAUGCGCCAUGUACACAGGUAGGAGCGAAGAUGUGAAAAGAACACAGGGGAAGGAUACUACAGAAAUGAAAAGGAACACAUGUUCAAAGAAAUAUCGGGGCAUUUUACUAAAUUUUAAUACUCUGGAGGAAUUUCUAACCACGAAGAAAUGCACACACAUUAAUUAUACCAUGAGCAAUUUGAGGAGGUACUUGAAAAAAGCUAGCCAUGUGGACAAUGGCCCCGGUGAUGAAACAAAGGAGGAGAGCAUCUAUGAAGAUUCCUUCUGGACAUAUAAACCAAAUGAGCUAAAUUAUUUUGAAAAAAUAAACACAUAUUUAAUUUUGUCUUUUUUCGAUCUACAACAUUUUCUGUGUUAUUAUAGCUUGGCGAAUCCGGUGGUGAAUCCGCCUGUCCAUUUUAAGAUGGUAGAACCCAGUGAGCGAUUGUAUUUUUUUAUCGACCCUGAGGUGAUGUAUCUGGAUUCAAGAAAGGACCACAUCAACGUGGGAGAUGUGCUGUACUUGUCUCACAAAAUUGAAACGUGCUUUAAGGGGAAUAAAUUGUUUGUAGAAUCUGGGGCCUUUCUUUUAUUAAAAUUUGAUACAGAGGAGUUGUCUUUACAAAAUUCUCACCUGUAUAUGAAAAUGUACCAGAGUAGUCUGCAUCGUUUAGGACUCAGCAAUGCACUAGGAGAGAGUGAGGAAGACAUAACUUUUGCUUCUUUAAAUUCCUUCAAGGGGGUGUGUGAUUAUCUGUCCGGCAUUCGCGAGAAACACCAUCAAGGGAGUAAUAUUUGCAUGUGUUCUUGUGCAGGUGAUGCAGAGAAGCAGGUAGCAAAGUGCUGCUCAUUUGACUGUAAAUGGCACUUGGGUGAUCCAAAUAGGAAAUGCGACAAGGACCCCCAUCACGUGCUGCGCAAUUCUGCUGGGCUGACCGUUCUACCCUUAAGCUGCUUAGGAGAACUGAAAGAACACCUACAAAAUAUGAAGGAGAAAAAACUAAAAUAUGUUAUGGAAAAAUUUUUCCACCUGUACAUUUGCCUCGUGGAUCCAAAUUGCGUCUUCACUUCUCUCGCAUGGGAUUUUCGAAAUCUUUUAUAUUGUCUCUGUUUGAAAUAUGAGUUAUAUGAUUUUGAGAUUGAGUUGCUUGUGUUUAGAGAUUUCUCCUUACUCUCUGAGGAACUCGUGUGCAAAGCAUUCCCUACCCAUUUGUUAUGGAAAUUCCCCUACUUCAGCUAUCCUACGCAUAUAAUGCGUGGCAUGUGUAAUGCCCAUAUGCUCUCCCCUGUGAAGAAUUCUCAGUGCACUAGGGUUGAAAAAAUGGUCACUCGAGAUUAUGGUGCGAUAAAGGUAGGGAGAGAACAUGAGUGGAUUGGAAAAAGGGAAGAAUCUUACAUGGGGGAACCUAACACUGGGAAGACACAAUUUUCCUCGAGGAAGAACCUACUGGUCAAGUACCUGCUAAAUUCUUCAGUUUUUAAAAUAAAGGUGCCAGGUAGAGGGGAACUUGGGGAAGCUUCCACAGGGGAAGAGGCCAAUGAUGUAGGGGCCGCUCCCAUCCGAUGUGCGCCCGGGUGGAAGAGGCGCGCAGCGGUAAACGGCGACAGCACCAUCCAUAAGGUUAACCUGCGUAACUUUGUGAACCGAGACGUGGUGCAAAGAAUAGCCCUCGAACAGCAUGUAAAGUUAAUCAAGUGGACUCUCCUCAAAAAUUUGAAGGAGGAAAAAAUAACCACGCUCAAGGUGUUAAUCCUAGGCAUGGGAACAGUAGGGUGUAAUAUCGCCAGGACGUGUGUAACCUGGGGUAUAAAACACUUAACCUUGGUUGACAACUCUGUGGUAAAACAUUCGAACGUAGGUAGGCAGUCGCUGUACACCACAGAUGACAUAGAAGAUGAAAAUAAAGUACCCACGCACAAAGUAGUAGCUGCGAAAAAGCGCUUAUUAAAAAUUGCCCCAGAUUUGAACAUCCAGGCUAGGCUGUUUGACAUUCCCAUGCCUGGUCAUUCGAUUUACGUCUCCAACGAGCGUAUUCGGAAGACGAAGGAGGCCAUCACAGAUUUAAAUAAUUUAAUAUCAAAUCAUGAUGUGGUUUUUUUGGCGACGGACUCGAAGGAGUCCAGGUACUUCCCCAGUUUGUUAAUUGCGGAGAAGCAAUAUAGCUGUAUGAGGGAGUUGCACAGUGGGCAGAACUGUGAUGAGCAGCAGAGGGCCACGACCCUGCCCACGGUGCGGGGUACCAACCCGGUGCAGUGCACUAAUCCGGUGCAGCAGUGUGAUUACGGUAGCGAUAUGUACAUGUACUUGUCCCAGGAGGACAGCCUCACCGACGAAGCCAUUCGUGAAAGGCAAACUUUUUACAAUAACAUCCUCACAAAUGUAAAGCAGCUAGCCAAAAUGCCCCCCUUGGGAAUUACAGUAGCGUUAGGGUUCGAUUCGCUACACAUAAUUAGACACCCCUACUUAUAUUUUAGGGGUGGCUGUUUUUACUGUAACGAUUUACACUCACCCCAAAACUCAUCAUUUGGCCAACCCUUGGACGAGAAAUGCACUGUGACCAGAGCAGGUUUAAGUAGCAUCAGUGGUGGGCUCUCUGUUGAGCUGUUAAUAACCCUAACACAACACCCACUACAUUUUUUUGCACCUCAUACAAAUAAAGAUCAGUAUGUGUACAACAGCCAUGUGCAUGUGAGUGGAAGGGAUCCUCCCAAGGAGGAGACAGGAAUGGUGAAGAACAGAGCUGCUUCAAAUUCUCUCGUUUCUUGCUUGGGAGCCACACCUCACAUUGUGUCCCUCAAUUUGGCUGAAUUCUCCAUGAGGAAAAUGUAUUGCAGUGCUUUCGACCGAUGCAUGUGCUGCUCGGAGAAGGUCAUUUUGCGUUACCAGGCGUGCCCGGAGGCCUUCGUCGAAAAUGUCAUCCGCGACAGCAGCGUCCUCGAGAGGAUCACGGGCAUUGAAGAACUCAGGGAAAAGGAAAGCGACGUGAUCAUGUUGGACUGA